AUGGGUGACAAAGGGCUGGAACACCAACUUGAACGGCUAGUGUCAAUGCUUGCAGAUCGCCAGUGGACUCAGGCCGCUCCCGUCAGUACACCGUCAAUUGUCGGCCUCACCAACAGUAUCUCGGAGUUCUCCUAUGAUCCGAAGAACGGCGUAACGUUCGAAUCCCGACAGACGCCAUAUCACGGCUCAUCAGUAAGCAGACCAACAACCAAGGAAGAUGCCGUCAUCGCUGAAAUCUACGUCGAUGAUGGUAUCACACAGCAGACAUCGGCAUCGAACAACACACUACGGCAGGCCAUCCAUUACGUCCAAGGCAAAUGGCCAAAACGCUCCCCCACCGGAGAUCUUCAGCAGUUGUUCCAGCGGCGCGAUUCCCUCUGCGUUAUAGACAGCUGCCUGAUGUUCGGAGAACGCGUUGUGGACAACCGCCCGGAGCCUCCGAGUACGAAAUCUACCACUCCAUUUGAGAUUGGAACAGCUGUGUACGUUCGAGACUAUCGACUAAUGCACGACCCAUGGAUCGAAGGGACUAUUGCACCCUGA